AUGACAUUCAGUCUGAUCAUGAUCGAGUCACGCUGGCUUUGCACCUUGGUGCGGCUGCUCCUAAAAGGACCAAACGUCGCAAGCCGAAAGCCAGGGCACGAUGUGCUAAGUGGCUUGCUGGUUCUAAUUUGCCUGAAUGCCUGGCUGUCGAUCUCUGUCACCAACGUCGUUUCUGCACUGAUCUUGACAAACGGCUUGAACUCACGAGAGCUAUCCUUGCAAAACGUCGGGCGGAACGACUGCUGUGGCUCCAGUCCCUUGAGGAUGAUGCCGCUUCUGGCGAUGCUCACGCUAUUAGAACAGCGCCAAGAGAUUCAGGGUAUACUCGAGUCCUUGCAGUUGGAGUCCGGCGCGCACAUGCUUGCAGAGUUUACCGAUGCGGAGAUCCAGGAAGCACUCAACAAAGGCAAAUCUGGUAAAACCUCAGGUCUUACUGGUAUUACCUAUGAAUUGUUAGUGGCAAUGUGGGGCGUUGAAGAUGGAAGGACUAUUCUCAGACAGUUCCUCAACAACCUUUUCACUGCUUCCCAACACCCGCAGGGCCUCUAUCGUGCUUUUGUACUUCUCAUCCCAAAGGUUGCCCAGGUUGGUUGCAUCGUGGUCAACUCCUCCGUGUCAGUGUGGGGGUGUUGCAGGUCUGCGUUUGAUUCAUUGCAGCAUGUUGCAGUAGCUCGGUGGAUCUCCGAGUCGACGCCCUCGCAUCUGGCACGCGAAGCUUUGCAACUUCUGCGAGUUGUGCUGCAGCCACAGUUGGUGUUUGCAUGGAAGGGGGUGCAGUGGGAAGUCAGCCAGGCCCAGGGUGUGCAACAGGGUCACACCUACAGUUCUGGCGUGUUCAGCUUCAUCAUAGGUCAUCUUUUGCAACAGGAGUUCCAACGAUGUCGUGCUGAUGGUUUUGACUCUGUGGUAGGGGAUUGGGGGUGGCUUUUCAUUGACGACCUCUUGCUGCAUUUUGAUGACUGGAAUACUGCCAUCAAACUCCUUCCAAGGAUACAGGAUGCUUUGUCAGCUGUCGGUCUUGCGUUUAACUUGACCAAAACACAGCUCAUGGCUUCUCCUGCUACGCUUGCAGCGGGUCGUGAGCUGGUUCUGCCUGCGGGCCAUGUGUUGUCCAAAGUGCCGUGGGUUGAUCUUACUCAGUACUUGCGCAAGCCAUUGAGGCAUCUACGUGUUGGCGAGAAUCUGUGGCAUCUUUGGCAACCCUUUUUCGUGCGUAGUGUGCAUCACGGUUUGCAGCAGAUGCUCCCAGUACUUCGUGGCCUCAAUUGGUUACAGCCCAAUUUGGCCUUGACCAUCCUAAACCGUUACAUCGGAAGUAAAUGGCUCUGGGCUUCACCUGUCGUUCCUCCUACCGUGCAUGCACUUGAUAGCAUUCGUACCCUGCAAGCUACUGCGUUGCAAACCCUGCUGCAGCUGCACAUACCCACCUUGCUCCAGAAACCGCAGGCCAUGGUCUUGCAUAGACUUCGCAAACGUGCUGUAUACCUCUUCCUCAAUGACAAGAUACCCCAAACAUGGACUUUUCAGUGGCAGCUGCGUUUCUGGAACUACUUCGGCCAUGUCUUGCGAAGACCACCUGAAGCGCCGGUGCGGGCAGCUGUCAGUUCAAUGAUCAGAAUGCGGCGGCCACAAGGUGGCUUCCCGAACUCCCCGCUGGAUUGGCUCCUGCGUUGUGCUGCCAAAGCUUUUAAUGCAGUCGUCUCUCCGGUGGAGAUAUUUGCGCUGCCUGCCGACCGCCUGGCAUGGAAGUUGCGUGGUUUGGUUGGCAUGGACUUAGCCACAUUGUUCCCUGGAGCUGGCGCGGAACUCUUGCAGGAGGUUUGGUCGAAGGAGUCGCUUCGUAUAAAGGCGGCAAGCUCGAGCCCGAUCCGCCAGGACAUGCAGCCCUACAUCUUCUUCUUCACGAAGAUGCGUGCCCAAUGGCACGUGGAUUUUUCGGAUCAAGUCGACGGCUCCGUGGAGGCUCUUCGCGCGAUGCAGGGGCCUGUCAAGCUGCUGAUGCGCUGCCGCGGGAGCCUGCCAGGCACUUCCUCCAGCUUGGGCCAGGCCUCCGAAGGGAAGGUUCUGCCGUUGGUACCCGGCGGGGUCGAGGACGACGUGCGGUUCUUGGCCUGA